GUUUCCAAAAUACAGACUCCUCCCCAACCAAGACAUUUUUGGAGGAUAGAUGCACCUACUGGCUCCUGUUCUCCAGUUAAAGAGCUUCCCAAAGAACAAAACCCUCCACAGCCAGGAAAUGUGUUGAAGACGGCUACACCCGGUGGCUCCUGUUCUCCAGCUAUGUAGGUCCAAUGCAGAGCGCUAUGGAAGGAAGGUACAGCCAAGAUGACAAAGACCUGGAGCCACAGGGAGGAGUGGCAUCAGAGGACAGGGCAGCGACUGAUUCUGGUGAAGACAACGCUGCUCAGAUGCCGGUGACUUUUAACUUCUCAAACCUCAACACAGAAGACAUGGAGGAUGAGGAGCCACUGCUGGAGGAUGAGGAAGAGGAGGAAUUUCUUGUUCUUGAUCCUGAACAUCCUCUGGUCAGAAGGCAACAAGCUGCUCUGAACAAACAGCUGAGAGAGAAGCUGGAGAGGAUCGAUCUGGAGUUAAAGGAAAAG